UUACCCGCUAUGUUAGCGACACUCACGAGCUUAGGUUGAAGUGACCGGAGCCGCUAACUGCUAACUGCUAACUGCUAACCGCUAACCGCUAACCGCUAAAGGGAGAUGGAGGAGUUUCUGUCGGGCUGUCGCCGAGCCCUGCAGGUGAACACGGAGCAUCCAGGUCCUGGGUUCCACGUUGUUCUGGGGAAUGAGGCGUGUGAUGUAGACUCCGUGGUGUCCGCCCUGGCAUACGCCUACUUCCUGUCCAAGACUUCGCCCAGUGAAAUGCUCGCUCUCCCUGUGAUGAACAUCCGUCAGUCGGAGCUGCUGCUGCGUUCAGAUGUCGUCUUCCUGCUGCGUCAAACUGGUUUGUCUCCAGACGUCCUGAUGUUCCGAGACCAGCUCGACCUCCGAGUCCUGCACCGAGACGGACGCCUGCGGCUGACACUGGUCGACCACAACGUCUUACCCAGUUCAGACAGUGACCUGGAGGGGGCAGUGGUGGAGGUGAUCGACCAUCACCUGUUGGAGAGAGAGCCCUCUGCCUCUUGUCCUGUUGUUGUGGAAACUGUGGGAUCCUGUGCUACCUUGAUAACCGAACGUAUCGUCCAGAAAGCUCCACAGAUCCUGGACCAGCAACUCGCUCAGCUGCUCUAUGCGGCCGUGGUGCUGGACUGUGUCAACAUGGCUCCUGCUGCAGGGAAAGUGACUCCUAAAGACAGUCAGUACGCCUCCAUGUUGGAGAAUCGUUUCCCUACUCUGCCACCAAGGGGCGCUCUCUUCCAGGCGCUGCAGAAUGCCAAGUUUGACGUCUCAGGUCUGAACACUGAACAGAUGUUGUUGAAGGACAUGAAAGCUGUUUCAGAAAGUUUGAAUGUUGCUAUUUCUGUUCUCUAUAUCCCACUGGAGGAGUUCCUGCAGAGGGCGGACUUGGAGGCGGAGCUCUCAGGUUUCUGUCAGAGGUUGGGAUUUGAUUUGUUGCUGAUGAUGACCAUCUCCUUCACUGAGAGAAAAGAGCCAAUCAGAGAGCUCGCUAUGUUCAGCCACAACUGCACCUGCAGUCAACAGAUGAGCCAAUACCUGGAACAGGCUCGUAACCCCGCCCUCAACCUCUGUCCAAUCAGCAGCCCCCACCCUCACAUCACAGCCUAUCAACAAGGAAACACGUUGGCGUCUCGUAAGAAGCUCCUCCCCAUCGUCAAAGCUUUCCUGAAGGAGCUGGACGGAGACGGCUGCCUGGGAAAUGUGGAGGAGGAGGAGUCCCGGGUCCCUCCCACUCCAAUGAACAGUCUGGUGGACGGCUGUCCCCUGGAUGACGGCCUGCCGCACAUCAGCACUCAGGACCUGGUGGAGAAGGUCAGCAAGAUGGCCGACAGAGGAGGGAACUGACCUCUGACCUCAGCUGAGAGUCUGACACCAGACACAAAGGGGCCAGCUUCAGGGAAUAAUAAUAAUAAUAAUGAUUAUUAAACAACUGAUGCAUUGAUAAUAACAACUAACCCUUAACAUUUCUGAGGUUUUCUGUUUGUUAAAGCUGCCACGUGUAAGUUUUGACUUUACUUCAUAGCCAACUUUAUCUUACGUUAGCAUAAUGAAAACACAGUUGCUGGCUUCAAUCAUCAUGCUAACCAGCUAGCCUGUUGUCUACCAACCAACUGAGACCUCUUUCAGAGACAACUAACAUAAUGAACCUUAAAUGAACAACCCACUGCUUCUACUAAAUCAACUGAGACACAAAAUGUGAGGCGUUUUUGACCGUGGGAACUUCUGUUUGCUACCAUACAGAUGUUCAUAGGUUAUUUUCAGAAAUACAAGUCAGUCCAUCUCAACCUCCGUCUCUGCUGCCCCCUUCAGGCCCUUAGAGUGAGCGCUCCUUCGUUGUCCUGUCUGAACAUGCAGCAGUUCCAGAAAGCUGGGGACCAGGACAAGUCUGACAAUAUUUCUGCUCCAUCGUUCACAUGGUUAGCAUGCAUUAAGCCCAAUUCAUGCUUCUGCGUUGAAGUGACAUCGUAGCAUAUAGCAUGUGUACGCACGUGUAGGCGCUGAGCCCUAGGCCGUACUCUGAUAUGCUCCUCCCAAAAAGUGUAACUAUGCCUCAAAGUGACGCAACCACAAGAGCUGUGAUUGGUCUGCUAGCUAGCAUCACCAGAAGGCGUCUUUUUUUAUUUUGUUGCAGUUCUUUAAGAAUAAGUAAUUGCUCUUCAACAUCUAUCAGCUCCAACAUGAUCCUCUAAGUAACACUCUCCAUUGCUAUGUGCGUACCUGCAGCAUGGCUCCGUCGCAGAAGCAUGAAUUGGACUUGAGCUCGGAUUAUUUACUUCAGUAUGUAAACGUCACUGUUGCCCUGAACCCCAUUCAGAAAACUGUCAGAUCAAUUAAGUUUCGUUUGAUCGUCUGUAUGAAAAAAUAAUGCUUGAAUAUUGGUUUUGUCAAGAAGUUUUAUUAAUCAGUGAUUAAAUGAUUCAACAAAAUAAAAUCAUUUGUCCACAGUCCUAAUAUCAAUAAAGAUUUUAUUUCACAGUU